GGGAGGACUCCCCUCCGCCUGCCCUGUCGGCGACACGGCUGUCGUGACAGAGCCCGGCGGCCCCGCGCCCCCGCGCUGGCCGCCGGUAUGAAGACGGAAGAGGCUCCGUCCUGCCUGCAGCAGGCGACGCCGGUCCUGGGCUUCGGUUCGGAUUCCAAGAUGCGGGAGGUUUGCGCCGGCUGCGACACCCCCAUCUCCGACCGGUUCCUCCUGCGAGUCAACGACCGCUCCUGGCACGAAGGUUGCGUGAAAUGUGCCGUCUGCCUCCAGCCGCUCUCCGGGACCUGCUACUGUCGCAACCGGCAGCUCUACUGCAAACACGACUACGAGAAGCUCUUCCAGACCAAGUGCAGCAGCUGCUUGAAGGCCAUCGCCCCCUCCGAGCUCAUCAUGCGGGUGUUGGAGAACGUCUACCACGUCCACUGCUUCUACUGCUGCGAGUGUGAGCGGCGCCUGCAGCGGGGAGACGAGUUCGUGCUCAAGGAGGGGCAGCUGCUGUGUCGCAGCGACUACGAGAAGGAGAAGGAGAUGCUGAGCGCUAUCAGCCCGGCACCCACCGAGUCCGUGAAAAGCGAGGACGAAGACGGCAGCCACUCGCACGGCAAAGGCAGCGAGGAGAGCAAAGACCACAAGCGCUCCAAGCGCCCGCGCACCAUCCUCACCACCCAGCAGCGUCGGGCGUUCAAGGCCUCCUUCGAGGUUUCCUCGAAACCUUGCAGAAAGGUAAGAGAGACCCUGGCAGCCGAGACGGGCUUGACCGUGCGGGUGGUACAGGUCUGGUUCCAGAACCAAAGAGCCAAGAUGAAGAAGAUCGCUCGCAGGCAACAACAGCAGCAGCAGCAACAGCAGGAGCAAGACCAGCUGGGCAACCCUCGCUUAGGGAGCGGGAGAGGGACCGGUCGCAACAGCCGGCAGAGCAACGACGACAGCGAAGACGGCGCAAGCGUUCACGGCCUGGAUGGGCUCAUGGUCCCCUACCCCCGGAUCCCCCAGCAGCAGCUGCUGCCCCUGGAUCAGAACGGCUACAGCACAGACUUGUACAGACAAGGGCUGACGCCCCCCCAGCUGCCAGGAGACCAUCUGCACCCCUACGACUCAGAAGGAGUUUUUCACGACAUGGACAGUGACAGCAUCAGCCACCUGGGAGACUGCCUGCUGUCAACGGCCGAAGCCAACCUCCUCCAAGCCCGCGUGGGCAACCCCAUUGACCGACUCUACUCCAUGCAGAGCUCCUACUUCACCUCCUGACCAUAAAAAAGCUCCCAACCCUUCGCGAGUAUCUCGGAUGGCUGCUGCUUCAAAUUCAGAAGGAGGGUGAGGGGGAAGAAACACAACUGAGACCUUCAAAGACAUUCCUUGAGCACUGCACAACGGAGGAGGCGACUAG